GCAAACUCAAACCAACAACACUUCCAUUGGCGCGCGUUUUGUAAUAGAAUCUUGUCGCACUGUGAAAGAAAAUAUUUUCUAUCAAUAAUUUCGUUUGUGUUGUGAUAACGUAGCGCAGUGCACUGCGCGCUAGAAAUUAUUCGUAUCUAGUAUUGGUGAUAUACCGGCCGGCUUUUGUGGAAUUUGGUACAUAAUUCUCAAACAAUCAGUUAAUUUUAACGUUAUCGCAGCUCGUAAGCUCGUAGCAGAAGUCGUAAAUUUAUGUCGCCGGUGUAAAAUAUGUCUCGACUAAGCAUUGUGAUAUUCGGCGCGACGGGCUUCACAGGCAAGCAUGCAGUAGCGGAACUUGCGCGCUUGAGCAAGGCCGACAGCGGCCUCACGUGGGGCGUGGCCGGCAGAGCACGGAGCAAGCUGCAGAACGUUCUAGAUGAAGCCGCCAAGUCCACCGGUAUCGAUUUGUCAUCUGUGAAGAUCAUAGUAGCGGACGUGUCGGACGAGAAGUCGCUACAGGAGAUGUGCGCGCAGACGCGCGUGCUGGUGAACUGCUGCGGACCGUACCGCCACUACGGCGAGCCGGUGGUGCGGGCCGCCAUCGACGCCAAGGCGCACUACGUGGACGUCAGCGGGGAGCCGCAGUUCAUGGAGACGAUGCAGCUGGAGUACGGCGCGCAGGCGCGCGACGCGGGCGUGUACGUGGUGAGCGCGUGCGGGUUCGACAGCAUCCCCAACGACUUGGGCGUCAUCUUCCUGCAGCAGAACUUCGGAGGCACUUUGAACUCGGUGGAGUCGUACCUGUCGUGCCGCGCGCCGGCCAACACCGGCUCUAGCGUCAUCAACUACGGCACCUUUGAGUCUGCCGUCUAUGGUAUGGCGCACCACGGAGACCUGACGGCUCUGAGGAAGAAGAUGUAUCCCGAGAGACUGCCCACCUUCAAGCCCAAGUUGAAGCCCAGGUCCAUCGUCCACGCGCGUGAGGACGGCUGGUGCCUGCCGUUCCCCGGCGCCGACAGCUCCGUGGUGUACCGCACGCAGCGCCAGCUGUACGAACACGAACACAUUCGCCCCGCGCAGAUCAAGACCUACGUCAAGAUCCCCUCGCUCCUCACCACCCUCGGCGUGGCUCUCUGCGCCACCCUGCUCUACCUCAUGUCCAAGACCAGCCUCACCAGGCAGCUCCUGCUGAGCUACCCGCACAUCUUCUCCCUGGGCGCGGUGGUGAAGGACCAGGGCCCGAGCGAGGAGGUGACCAACAACACCACCUUCAAGUUCGAGCUGUUCGGCGAGGGUUGGGAGGCGGGAGCUGAUGUGAACGCUACUCCGCCCAAUAAGAAGGUUAAGGUUCAGGUGUCGGGAGUGAACCCCGGCUACGGCGCCACCGUGGUCGCGCUGCUGUGGGCCGCGCUCACCAUCCUGCGGGAGACGGACAACAUGCCCAAACAGUAACCCGGCGUGAUGACCACAGGAGUCGCGUUCCGAAACACGAAUCUUAUACAACGCUUGUGCGAGAAUAACUUGAAGUUUGAAAUCGUUAAUAAUAACAAAUAAAUACUUACUAGAAACAAUAUAUUCGCCUAAUAAAUAACGUUUUUUGUGUAAGUACCUACUUGUGGCGAGUAUUGAUAAGAGAUAUUAUGAGGAAGGAGGGAUUUAAUUUACCCGAACCCGGCAGAUCAAUUCAAACACAGUUAGGUUCCGCUCAAAUUGACAUUGUCUAAGAUCCCGUAUAAUAACGAUGACCCUCACCGAUCUGGUUAGUGGGUUGCGGGGGGAAAAGUAUUUUGUAUCGAAUUAAAUAUGUCAAUAAAUAUAAUUGCUAAUGGAUUGGCUAAAAAUAUCCAGUCAAGGAAAUGGAUAAUGGAUUGUCUUAACACGAAGAUCAUAAUUGAUAUGCCCGCGAGCGCCCGCUAGUUUUGUAUUUGGAGACCGCGCCCGCUGCCGCGCCCGCUACCGCUCCCGCCACCGCGUCCGCUACCGCGCCCGCCACCGCGCCCGCCACCUCGCCCGCCACUCAACAUGAACAAGCUCUUAAAGAUUUGCCAUAAGAGAGACUUGUAUUCCCAAUUUGUAUACCAUGUCAAGUUGUUAUAGUAAGUACUCUAGCAUAGAGUACAAAUUAAUACAACACUACGCGUAUUAUUUAUGUCACAAUGUUCUUACUUAGUUUUCUAAAUGCCUGAAAGUUUCUAUGGAGCGCACAUUUUAUGUAACAGCCUAAGUAGGUAGGCCUAUAAAUAUUUUAGUAAAAUAAAUGUUUGUAAAAUAAAA